AUUUAUUAGAACAAUUAAAUUUACUUUAAUGCACUGUACCAAAUACUUUUCUUAAUAUCCUACGAUUCUUAUCAUCGGUGAUAUAAAUAAGAUAUUAUCAUUUAUGCAGAGAUUGGAGAUAGGUGUCUCAGGCUGCAGAUUUUUUUAGUAAACAAAUAUAAAUGUGAUAAAUGCUUCAUAUUGUGGAAAUUUCAUUAAAUGCUAUAUAAAAAGGAAUAUAAAAUGAAUCUAGAAAACUAGAGAAAGAUGAGAAAGAGACUGCAAGAGUCGAAAAUGUCAGCAGCAACGACCGACCAACAAGUCCAAAUUGUAUCUAAUUCUGACUUUAAAUUUGAAGAAAAUUUAAUAUCUAACAAAGACAUGUACCAAAGUGUGCUGACUACGGAAGAUAUUCAAGAAAUAGUUCAUCGUGUUUUAAAUCAAAAUGUCGAGGUAAUUAACUAUUUUCUUCGACCAUAUUCAGAUGGAAAAAUUGGCUUCCUCGGUUCGCAUCAAAAACUUUGCAUUACGAUAAAACAUAAGAAUCAGAAAAAGACUUUUUUCUUUUUUGCGAAAAUCAUACCAUACGACGUACCUGAUCAAGCAAAUUAUAUAAUAGGAAACGGUAUUUUCGAUAAGGAAGUAACAUUUUACAAAGAAAUAAUACCAAUACUAUACGAAAAUUAUCGAGAAGAACGUUGGAGUCCAAAUUGUUAUAAAGUGAAAGAAAAUUAUUUAAUAUUCGAAGACUUACAAAGGAAAGAGUACACAAUGCGGAGUAAACUUUUUGACGAGGAACUUGUCACCUCAGCUUUGACAACGAUUGCAAGAAUGCAUGCUGCAUCGUUAAUGGCAGAAUAUCGUCUAGGGAUGCCGUUUAACAAACUCUUUCCUAAAGCAUUCGAAGAAACAGGAUUUUUCAUGAUGGGACAAAGAAAAAAUUGGUUUGAUACAGGAGUCAAUGCAGGUAUUCAAAUCGCUAAAUAUCUUGGCCUCGAUUCGAGCUGGAUACCAAAAGUUGCACUAAAAGUCUUGGAAACUAUUAAAAGUUCUACAAAGAAAUCAAACGUUAUCAGUCAUGGUGAUCUUUGGGCUAACAAUUUGAUGUUUAACAAAGAAACGCCUCCAAAAUGUCUCUUAAUUGAUUUUCAAUUACUUAGAUAUUGUACUAUAGCGCACGAUAUUUCUCAAUUACUUUAUCUAUGUACAUCCCGUCGUUUUCGAGAAACACGCGAAGAAGAUAUGUUAAAACAUUAUUACAAAGUUCUUUGCGAUACUCUAAGGGCUAAUCAAUUUUCCGGACAAUACCCGUCUUGGUCUGAAUUACUUCAAGGAAUAGAAGAACAACGUUUAGGUUCUUUGAUAACUGCUAUGAUAUAUUUUCCAACUGUUUUAAUGGAUGAAACUCUCAGCGCACAAAUUCUGAAUGAUACCAAUUGUUAUACUGAAUUUGUUUUCCACGAUAGAACUGAUAUUGUUAUAAAUAAUAUGAAACAAGAUUUGGAAUAUGCUAAUAGAAUUACGGAAACGAUUGAAGAGUUAAUUGAAAUAGCUCAGCGUUUCGACGAAUUACCUGUACCAUGUUAAUUAAAUAAUAAA